AUGCGAAGAUGGGACUCGAACAGCAAUCCGAUGCGCUACGAAAAAUGGUAUUAUCCAGCGGAGCGCACGUCGGACAACGGUCACAGCUUGACUGACUUAUGUCAACAGACGGACCUCAUCAUCGCUUCCACGUUUAAAGGCAUCACCCAACAAAUCUGGGGUGGUACGGGUUUCAGAGUAGCGCAAGUGGAAGAUGAGGAGUCUCAAACAUCAGCUCGGCUACGUUCUGACGAGAAACAUCCCUCAGUCGAAAUUUCACAAUAUCGAAAUACCGAAUACGGUUUCACAAGAGAAACCAAGGAGUUCCUCUUCAACCGAAAAUCGGAAAGACAGGACGCUGCAAGGGAAACGGUCCCGGUUCUAUUGCCGCGGAAGAAGCUCGAUUUUGCAUCUGCGGAAACAAAAUCCACGCACAAUUCUGUAUGUGUCGUCCGCAGCACUGUCGAUUUCAGCCAAAAAAAAGCGCCUGAGAAGGAAUUUGCGUCGCCAACUGCAGAAAAAAACCGCGAAAGCGAAUGGAUAUCAAGAGCGAAGGAGGUUGAAAAGACGUGGAAGGACAAGAUCCUGCGGAAAGCGGAACACUUCAAGACCUUGCUAAACCGGCAAGCCACAUCAGCUCUUGAACUCAAUCAUGUUGAUAGACCGACAUAUGCGGUUAAGGAGAAACCACCAAAAGAGUCGGAAGUUCUUGUCUGUAUCUAA